GGAAUUUGUGCGCACUUCCUGGGCAGAUUGGACUUUUACUUUGGAGGGAGGCUAUAACUGGUACUUCGCUAAACUGAGGUUUAUCAGAUUAAUUAACAGAAGAUCGAGCCCCCGAGCUGAAACAAAAAAAACACACAAAAAGUUGUAUUACUUUCUGAGAGAAGAGACGGUUGCUGACUUGCAAGAUUCUCGAAAACGGUGGGGUGUGUGGUGUGAUUAAAAGGGCUUUGACAUGGAGUAUCAGCCGGUGUUGGGCCACCAGAACAGAAACUACGGAAUGGCCAAUCCGGGAUACGUACCCGCGCAGGGAGCACCCGCAAUGUUCGCCCCACCCGCCGCCGCUGCUGUUGACUUCUUGGGCCCCAGCGCUCCUCCGUCCAGCAUGUUUGACAGCAUGCCGGGCUAUGAAGGCACCUUGGCAGGAGGAGGAGGUGGGUAUCUGCCCCCUCCGAUGCCGGCUUCCCCGGCUCCCCAGCCUCAACCUGGACCUGAACAGCCACAGUGGAACAUCCCGUCUAUAACUGAAGAAACUGCCCGGGAGGCGUUAGCCCUGUACGCCUCCAGCAAGUGCUGCUACAGUGCAGCGCCAGUGAAGGACGGUGUGAUCACCAGCAUGGACGCAUUCAACACGUACAGGUACCGCCUGGAAACCUUCACUGAAUCAAGAUCUACAGAGUGGAGUCACGAGCCGUACCAUGGCCAGCCAGUGGACGCCUUCUCCCAACCGCCUCCGGGUCCUUGGGACGUUCCUGUCAAAGUCCCCAGUUUAUUCGUGGAAGACAAACAGAUCAUGAAGGUUCCCUACACGUCGUCCACAAAGUCCUGCCACGUGUGUGUGGGAAUGGGCCGAAAACCUUGCAAAGACUGCGCCGGCGCUGGUAAUAAAGUCUGUUGGGUGUGCAACGGGUCUGGUUAUCGCCACGGAGAAGAUCGAUGCCACCACUGCGGUGGCAGAGGGAGGGAGAAUUGCAACCACUGCCACGGUCAAGGAUCCAUGCAAUGUCCAACAUGUCAUGGAAAACAACAGCUGCUGGUCUACAUCAGCCUCACUGUGAAAUGGACCAACAACUCUGAUGACUACGUUGUGGAACAGUCAAGUGGACUGCAGCUGGACAACCUCAGCAAAGUCUCUGGCAAGGAGCUUUUCAGAGACUCUCAGUACCUGGUCUACCCACUGAUGGGCUUCCCAGACCCUGUGGUGGUGAAUGCUGCAGAGCGCCUUGUCGGUGAACACCAGGGCAAGUACUCAAGGACGUCACGCAUCCUGCAACAGCGUCAAACCAUCGAGCUGAUCCCUGUCACCAAGGUGACCUACUCUUGGAAAGGAAAAUCACACAUUUACUUUGUUUACGGGAAUGAGUUCAAAGUAAAUGCAGAUAACUAUCCUGCUACCUGUUGCUGUACUGUGAUGUAAACUGCAACGGUUGUGUAUGAAGGUUUUCCUUUCCUUUCCUUUAGAUAUCGAAAUACGUUUUACAUGCAAGUCGGUUCUACUGACUAGUGGGUAGUUCCAUGAACACGUGGGCAGUCAAACAAGGGCAUUUCAAACAGUAUGAACGCCUCAGAAGUUAGUAGAGCUGAUGAAGCAUCUUAAAUCGGCGCCCUUCGAGGCAACACAGAAAGUCUAUUCACCUUUUUACUGUAUGAUAACUAAUGUUUAGGAAAUCAUUUGUAUUGUUGCGUGUCAUUUGUAUGCAUGCGCCACAGAAGAAUGAAUUGUUUACUGACUCAAUAUAAACCAUAAUCCACUAUAUUCCCUGAAUCUUAUAUGGCACCAAUGAUUUGUUUUUGUCAUCAGUUAUGCAAACUAUUUCCUAUGAUAUAUUUGCAGCAGUAUUUUUGUUAUGUUGGUAAUAUGUAUGUGAACUAAUAGUUUUAUGUGAAUAUAACCAAUUCUUGAAUGUUUAUAAUCAAAUGAGACAAAAACGUAUAAUGCUUUAUUUUGAACUAUCCCUUACUUUCAAUAAAAUAUAUUUCUUUUUGUACAAGUAAA